CAAGCCCGUCCUCUACAUGGGAGGCUUCUUUGCUUUCCCGGACAGCCCGCUCUUGGGCGCACUGCAAUCCGUAGCGCAAACCGCUGUCGACCACGUCAACAGCUUGGAUGGAAUUCUUGACGACUACCACUUGGAAAUGAGAUGGAACUGGACAGGGGCGGCAGAUCCCGAAGAGGCACUGCGGGUCCUGUACACUUUUGUGUAUGAAGGAUCUCCCAUUGUCAUCGCUAGCGGACCUCACCAUUUAACCGAGGCUGUCAUAGUCAACCAGGUGGCAGCGAGGUACAACAUUGUCCAGGUUGGCCUGAUAGCACAUGAAAGCCUGACAGACCGUUCGGUGUAUCCCUACACAGUCCAAGCAUUUCCCACCGACGACGGCAAGCUUUUGGCCGGAGCGGCCUUCUUUAGACAGAUGGGAUGGAGGCGUGUCGCCUUCAUCUUCGAGGAAAGCAUCGUCUUUCAGAAUGCAAGACCAUGCAGAAGUUUUUUCUUGUGCCCUUACCCUACACAGACUACUUGAACAUCACUUUCGGAACACGCCAAAUCUCACCUUUUCUAAUUAAAGGAUAGGAGGUUUAUUAUCAUGAUGAUUGUAUACAAAGAGAUUCUCUUGGUCCAAUUGCUUAGCAUAAGAGUACCAAUCGCAGUUUAAAGCUAACCUUUUGAACCGUUUUCUCUAUUACCCGUUUGGAAAAUUUUUGAAAAAUACAUUUACAACUAAUACAAAACUGUUUUUAUGAAGAAAGGAGUUAUGUAAUUAUUCAUCGAACAAAAUAAUCUUCCCGAUAUAAUUUGUAGCGUGAAGUUCUGAAUUAGGGGCUUUAUACUUGUUACUGAAAAAGGAAACGAUUUCGCAAUUCACUCUUUGUGGCAAAACAUUAACGAACAACGUUUAUGGAUGACUUCAUUUGACUGUGCAGCAAGUGCCUUAUUCCUCAAACACACAGUUUUCUUUAAUAAUUUUUGGCGGUUUUUGCCAACUUGUGAUUGAUAUUGCAGCUAAUGCGCGAUUUCCGAGAGAUAUUAGAAGCUAAUGACAUCCAGAUAGUUGCAUCAGAGAGAGUCAAGGACACUGCCAACAUGGACCUACAUCUCCAAAGUCUUAAGCGCCAAGACGCAAGAAUCAUAUACACUGGAUUUUACAAGACAGCGACACUGCGGUUAUACUGCCAGGCCUAUCUUGCUGGAAUGACUGGCGCGAAGUACGUGUGGAUUGCGCCGUACUGGGCAGGCACUGUAUGGUGGACCAACCCCCUUUCGUCAGCCAUCGCUCCUUGCACCGGCGACCAAAUCCUUAGCGCCGUGGAUUCUUCCUUCCAUUUCACGGGAAACAGCCAGAAAGGUCUACCCGACUUGGAUUACAAUGGAGUGGUACGUAACGGAUUAUC